CAUUUUUUUGUGAAGGGAAGUUGUUAAAAUAGCUUAUAAUAUAACCAAGCCCCUCUGGCCAUAACCCGUCGGUAAAGCAGCAAGCAUUGCGAAUGCUUUUAGGUCAGUGUCCAGUCCAGCGGCCCAUUCGGGUCGCUUCCCGCAAGGUUGUAAAACCACCUUUUCUGGCUACGCCUGGAUACGCACAGCGCUCGCAAGUCGUUUGCGCGGCCGCUCUUCCCCUUGGGAAGAUUCCUGUUGAAGCGCUAGCAGCAGGCGGCAUCGCUGUCGCUUGCCUUGCGGGUAUCAUUGCCGUCCAAAUGCGGCAACAGCAGAAGCCAUUGGACGCCGAAGCUUCGGGUCAAGGGACCGAUGCCUCUGCUGCCCAGACCCCGUCCUCCCCGCCACCGCCCCCUCGGGAGAAUGCGGUACUAGUUCUUGGCGCGACUGGCAGGCUGGGGCGCCGGGUCGUGCAGAAGCUGCUGGCCUCCGGUCGCACGGUGGUGGCUGGCUGCCGCAGCCUGGAUAGGGCCCGUUCGGUGCUGCUGGGCGAGGGCGAGGGCGGCAUGGGACUGCAGGAGGGACGCCAGGCAGCCGGCAGGCCGGGAGUGCUGUUCCUGGAGCAGGUGGACAUCACCAGCCCCGACUCGCUGUCGCGUCCCGAGCUGUGGGCAGGGGUAGCGCAGGUGGUGCUCACGGUGGGCACUGUGUUUGGGCCGCUGCCCGGGGGAGGCUUCGGAGUGAUCGACGGGAUGACCAGCGAGAAGGUCGAGGCGGAGGGCAUUUCGUCUCUGGUUUCGAUGCUGCCGAAGCUGUUGCCUAAGAAGGCCGAGCGCACCAGCACUUUGGUAGUCCCCAUGCGGACUCCCGAGGAGGUGUACGGCUCUUGGCAGCGGCUGGAUGACGUCAUCAUGGGGGGAGCCAGCGACAGCGGUCUGCAGCCGCUACUGCAGCAGGCGGCGGGAGCGGGGGCAGCCGGGGAGGGAGUACCUGCGGAGGCAGGGAAGGACGUGGCAGGAACGGAGGCUGGGGUGGAGGGCGCGGUAUGGCGGGGCAAUCUGGUGGUUGAGGGUGGCGGUUUCUGUGGCGCCCGCACCAAGCCGCUGGGUCUGGACCUGUCUGCGUUCGACGGCAUCCACCUGCGGGUCAAGGGCGACGGCCAGACGUUUAAACUCAACAUCAAGACGGUUGACCAGGAGGACGUUCCCGAGUCCACCUACCAGACCACCUUCGACACCGUGGCGGGCCAGUGGGCAGACGUCUUCCUGCCCUGGCAUAACUUUGUGGCGGUCAAGCGGGCCAUGUCGGACCCUGAAGGCCCUCCUCUGGACCCCUCGCGCAUCUCCAAGCUGGGCCUGGUGCUCAGCCGCUUCGAGUUCAACAAGGCGCCCAACCCCGACUACCGGCCGGGGGCCUUCGAGCUGCUGCUGCAGGGCGGCAUCUACGCUUACAACGACGUGCGGCCUCAGCUGGUCAUGAUCUCCUCGGCCGGGGUGGAACGCAACGCGAUCAUUGGCGAUGACGAGGUUCGUCGCGCCGCCGACAUCCCCAUUGUGCAGCUCAAUCCGGGCGGCACACUCAACCACAAGUACACCGCGGAGGGGGCGGUGCGCGCCUCGGGCUACCCGUACAGUGUGGUGCGCUCCACAGGCAUGAUCGACAGCCUGGAUGGUGGUCCCUACCUGCUAGAGGCUGACCAGGGCGAUGUGGCGGUGGGGCAGAUCAGCCGGGAGGAGGUAGCGGAGUGCCUGACAAUGGCGGUUAACAUGCCGGAGGCGGUGAAUAAGACGUUUGAGCUGCGACGCAACGAGGCCGCGGAGAGCAAAGGGAAGCGACCCAUGGGUCGGCGGGACUACAACCGCCUCUUCCUCAAGCUUGCCCUAGACAAGCACCGCUGGCGUGUCGGGUUGCAGCCCAUGCCCAAGGCCGUACCGCCCCCACCACCCGUCACCGAGAAGCGGCGCAAGGAGAUCGUGGCGCAGGUUGCUGUCAUCCGGGGCCAGCCGCAGCAGCCGCAACCGGUGCAGCAGGCAGCCAGCGACGGUGCCAAUGGUGCAUCUGAGCUCGCAAAGUCGGGAGCUACUGAUGCGGGCGAGAAGGAGGGUAUUAAGGAAGCCGCAAAGGAAAACGUUGGCGCCCGCGCUUGAGCUGGUAACUUGAGGGUAAGGUAAGGGACACGGAUGUAAGGUCACUCGGUGGUGCUUGGUGGUCGAUGGCGAUGGUUGUAUGGGCGCUCGUUCUGGUGUUUGUGCUUGGGCUAAUGUCAAGGCACACUGGCAGUAUAUGUGCAGGAAUGUUGCCAGCUGAAAGAGUGUAUAUCAAGAUUUGUGCUGUAAGGGGCACAAAACAGCUUAGUUUAUAAGCAGGUGGUUUUUGAACGCUGCGAGGCCACGCGAACUAUCAAGGUAUAACCAUUUCGUGCUCGGAUUUAGCUUUAGGGUAUAAUGUUCGGGACUCAAGGUAGCCAAGAGGAGUGUUCACAUAAUUGCGUCCAAGUAUUGGAAUGCAUCAUAAGCGGGAUUAUGCUUGUGAGGUGGAGCCGCUGGUGCACGGUAUUAACAUCAUGUCUGAGGCAGUUGCUCUAGGGCAAGUGUCGUACUGCCGCCAUAAAAUUACCAACGUAGUACCCGUUCGUACAAGCUCGUACUCCAGCUGUUGCAGUACAACCUCAGCAUUUUGGUUUGUGGGUGAUGGCCCUUUGUGUUCGUUCGUUGCUCAUGCGACGUUGGCAAAACCUAUACAUGUAAUGGACGCAAGGGGCGGCAGUGGUCGG